AUGUUAGGACCCCCAUCGAACAUUGAAUCCCUAACAAGCACAGGUCAAACUUCAAAUUUACACUUAACACCUUAUUCACCCUCAGCGAGUGGCCCUACUGUCCCUCCUUUACCGGUUGCUCAAUCACCGAAUCCUCAGUUACCGGAUAUCCAGGUGACGGUUGCUCAAUCACCGAAGCCUCAGUUACCGGAUAUCCAGGUGACGACUUCUCAUUUAGAGAAUGUUCAGUUACCGGGUUCCGCUGCAGCGGAUUCUCAGGGCCCGGAUCUUUCGAUAACAGAGCCUCCGUUGCCCGAUCCGCCGUUACCGGGUCCCCAGAUACCAGAUUCUCAAUUGCCGAGCUUUCCAUUACCAAAUCCUGGCGAACCUGAUCCCCAAAUACCGCUUCCUCAGUUGCCUGAUCCUCAAACGCCAGUAGUCCCUCAGUUGCCAGAUCUUCAACCAUCUCCAUCACCUACUUUCCAGACGUUAUCACCACUUCACCCACCUCCACCGCCCACGCCUCAGCCAUCUCCAUCAUCCACGCCUCAGCCAUCUCCACCGCCCACACCUCAGCCAUCUCCAACACCCACUCCUCACCAUCUCAAUCACCCACACUUCAGCCAUCUCCAUCACCCACUCCUCAGCCAUCUCCAUCACCCACACCUCAGCCAUCUCCACCGCCCACCCACACCUCAGCCAUCUCCAUCAUCCACGCCUCAGCCAUCUCCAUCACCCACACCUCGGCCAUCUCCAUCACCCACACCUCAGCCAUCUCCAUCAUCCACGCCUCAGCCAUCUCCAUCACCCACACUUCAGGCACCUCCAUCACCCACACCUCAUCCAUCUCCAUCACCCACAUCUCAGCCAUCUACAUCACCCACAUCUCAGCCAUCUCCAUCACCCACACCUCAGCCAUCUCCAUCUCCAUCACCCACUCCUCAGCCAUCUCCAUCUCCAUCACCCACACCUCAGCCAUCUCCAUCUCCAUCACCCACUCCUCAGCCAUCUCCAUCUCCAUCACCCACACCUCAGCCAUCUCCAUCUCCAUCACCCACACCUCAGCCAUCUCAAUCACCCACACUUCAGCCAUCUCCAUCACCCACUCCUCAGCCAUCUCCAUCUCCAACACCCACACCUCAGCCAUCUCCAUCACCCACUCCUCAGCCAUCUCCAUCACCCACACCUCAGCCAUCUCCAUCACCCACUCCUCAGCCAUCUCCAUCACCCACACCUCAUCCAUCUCCACCGCCCACGCCUCAGCCACUUCCACUGCCCACGCCUCAGCCAUCGUCCCUGACUCCCUCGACGACAGACUUCCAUAGCGCUCCAGGGACUUCCAUGAGCCUGACGACUUCAGAGAGCCUUGCCAUGAACUCCCACAGACCGACAGCAACUUCGGAAGCUUCGGGUGAGACAUUGAAUCAAGUUAUCCUGACUUCUCUUUCCUCAGACUUGGCUUCAUCCUUAGGAGAGGGCUCAGGAGGUCAGUCAGCUUCAGUCGCGACUGAUCCAACGAAUUCAGCUUCAAAAUCGUCAGCACUUCAAGCAACAUUUGAGAUGUCAGACCCGGUGCCGACUUCCUCCUCAUCCUCCUCAUCAGCAUCUCAGUCAUCACGCACAACCUUAUCAUCGACCCCAGCAUUUUUCAACGCGGCACAAACAACAGAAUCACUACCACAGCCAGUUUUUCCAGAAUUCACUCAAAUACCUACAGCACCAUUAGCACCCUCUCCUCCAACUGUAGCGCCAGUAACACUCCCUCCACCACUACCUGUACCAACAGAAUCACUACCACAGGAAGUUUUUCCAGAAUUCACUCAAAUACCUACAGCACCAUUAGCACCCUCUCCUCCAACUGUAGCGCCAGUAACACUCCCUCCACCACUACCUGUACCAGCACCACCUGCACCCCCUCCGCCCCCUCCACCCCCUCCACUCCCACCUGCACCUGCACCCGCACCACCCCUACCCCCAUCUAUCCUACCAGCACCACAACCAACACUUACCGAUGCACUUCCGCCAACAGCAACAACCACUCCUACUGCGACAACGGCAGCGGCCAGUCAGGAUCGACUUUUUUGCAGCAACUGCGGCCUCAGUAAGAUCACGUUUCCAAGGAUCGUAGGAGGCCAGGCCGCGAUCCGCGGGGAAUUCCCUUGGCAGGUUGGCAUCAAAAUGGACUGGGGAGGUAGGUGUGGCGGUUCCCUCAUCAAACAUCGUUGGGUGAUUACAGCCGGGCACUGUUACAUGAGAGGAUUCACUGCCAGCACUGUGUACUUAGGAGAUCACGAUAGAUCUGUAAACGAAGAGGGCAGCUAUGAAAUAAAAGCGGAGAGUGUGAUGGUCCAUCCGGGUUUCGACAGUUUGACUCUGGAUAACGACAUAGCAUUACUGAAACUAUCUUCCCCCGCGACGUUUAGCUCAACAGUGGCACCCGUAUGCCUCGCCAGACCUUCCGAGGUGCCGGUGUCGGGCAAGGGUAUUACAACGGGAUGGGGCACUACUACUUGGCAGGGAACUACUGCCACUGUUCUGCAAAAGGUAGCAGUGGACUACAUAAGCAACGCCUGGUGUAAUCAGCUCUAUUCCGAUCGCUACGACAUCACAGAUAACAUGGUUUGCACGUACACACUUGGAAAGGACGCAUGUCAGGGUGACAGCGGAGGCCCCCUCAUCUCUCUCGCUGCCGACGGGCGUUGGGUGCUAACGGGCGUGGUCAGCUUUGGAGAUCAGUGUGCCAAGGAGAACUCGCCUGGAGUGUUCACCCGCGCAUCCAAGUACAUUUCGUGGAUUGAGGAAAACACUCCUGACGACGACUGUUAGGGUUCCGACCUUGCCUUCUUGGAGACUUGGUGCUCGAAUAUCGUAGUGCCGAGUUUUAGUACCCUAAAGGAAGGAGGGGGAAAGGCCAAACGAAAUAAGAAUGCGAUGCAGGGAACUCAGGAACCUUCGGCGACGCGUUCUUGCGCCCUACUUGUUAAUAGUUUUAGUUUUGUGCCGUUAAUUUUCAGCGGCUUCUGUUAUAUUUCUUCUGUAAUGAUAAAAAGCAAAAGGAUAAAAUAAUGAGCAUAUAUAUAUAUAUGUAUAUACAUAUAGUUAUAUAUAGCUAUGAUUAUUAUGGUAAUUUCAUUUAAUUCCGUCUUCAUAAUCACACCCAGUAAUAUAUAUUAUAUAUAUAUGUAUAUGUAUAUAUGCAUAUAUAUACAUAUAUACAAAUAUAUACAUAUAUAUGUUUUUAUACAUAUAUGUACAGUAUAUAUACAUAUAUACAUUAUGUAUAUAGUUAUUAUGGUUAUGUUAUGGUCAUUUCAUCUAAUUCCGUCUGGAAUUGAAUAUAUGUAUAUAUCAGUUGUAAACAGACAGUUGAAGCACACUUUGUUGUUUUAAAUUAUUACAAACUAGAAUUGAUUUUCCAGAUUAAUCUUGUGCGCCUUUCAGAGGAAAUAUGAUGCAAGAAAACAAUAAAUUUGUAAAAGAGAAACAUUUAUGAUACUAAAAAAAAAGCAAUCCUGUUUCCACACACAAAACUUUUCGUAUUGUAUGCGUAAGGGGCAAUAAAUUGUGAAACAAAAGUGGGUUAUGGCAUAUUGUCUAAGAGAGGCUUGAUAUUGUGAGGAUUUCUGGGAAAUAAAGUAUUCACUGUAUUA